AUGGUCGACCACAGGGACAAAGACCUGUUUAGAGAGGACAUCAUCAAGUACUUGAAUGCAGAUGAUCAAUGCUUUGAAUAUGCCGUUGUUGCCAAGCUGGCUUGGGACGAUAACGAUAUAGAGGAUGACGAUACUCAACCACAAAUACUCGUCAAAGGUGUAAAGGACCUCAAUGACAAGGUGGAUGAAGUGGUUGAAGACGAAGAAGAUUACGUCGACGACGAUGACAAUGACGAUGACUAUGACGAAUAUGAAGAAGACUUUGAUGACGACGACGAUGAUGAUGAUGAUGAAGAUUACCAUGACGCAAAGGACCAUACAGAUGGCACAAAAGCAGCAUAUGUGAGACCUCAUGGUGAUGAUAUCGAGGAUAGGAUUAACAGGUACAGAUUCAAAAACACAACUACUGGUGUACUUCUUCAAAAGAUCAAUGGAGAUCUGAUCGAGAUGGAGUAUGAGCAAUUGACAUUGGUUGACAGGGCUCUUUAUCUUGCAGAGACUGUUCAGCGAUCAAAGGAGCAAGGACAACAACUGGGCAAGGUUCUUUCGAUUCGAAGAAACUAUAACCUAUUGCCAUUCAACUAUGUCAUUAGUGAGCAGGGACAGAGCAAUCGACUUGGUCAGGACAUAACGCACUUGUUGACCAUCUCGAAGGUUCGACCUCCUAGUCCCUACGAGACUGGUGCUCUCGUCAUGGACAAGACCAAGAAGGUCAUUGGCAGUGUCGUUGGUGAGAAACUUGAACUACGUAUUCAAUCGAUUGAUCAACCAACACUGGUUGGCAACUUCCCAGCAACCCGAUCGAUCAUGGUCGAGGGUAACUAUGAUGACAGCUACUGUCCUGGUAAGAUUGUCACGAGCUCCAUUGGCAAAGGUCUCCUCCUUGAUGUGAUCCCAACCAAGGUCAACAUAAACUGGCAUUUCUAUAUUGAUGAGGACGCUGAUGUGCCAAACGAGAACAUGACACCAAAUGAUCUUAUUCUGCUCGAUGAUCAAUACAACUACUCAAUUCUUGGAGAGUCAGUUAUGUUUAAAAAGGAUGAUGAGCAAAUAGAACAAGGUGGUAUCAUUCUUUACACUGAAUCAUUUGUCAGAACACUGUGGCAAGAUGGAACAGUCACAGAGGAGCCUUCUAUUAGUCUACUCUGUGUGGACGACCUUGCCACUGACUACUUCCCUGGCGAUGUCGUCAUCCCCGUGGAGCAAGAAGGUGUUUGGGGCGUCGUACAGAGCUACAAUCCACACAACAGAACAUGCGCAAUCAAUUGGAUCAAAGAUGGAGCGAUUCAGAGUGAGAGCGAUGUCUCUGUCUACCUGAUAGAGUUUUUGGAGGAGUGUAACUUUGACGAGUCAGACUUUGUUUACUUCCUAUCACAAAGCGCAGACAGCAGAGGAGAUGCAGACAGUGACUUCAAAGGGGAUGUGGUUGGACAGGUCAUUGCAAAGCUGUGGGAUCAAUGCAAACUACUGGUCAGAUGGAACAAUGGCUAUGAGCAGUUGGUCUAUCCUCAACAGCUUGGAAUUGUUGAGGAGUUGGACAGUGACGAUGAGGAAUACAGUAACAAUGACUAUGACGACUAUUACGAAGAUGAGGACAUCAUUGACACACCACCACAUGGAAACUCAACAAAGUCUCCAUCAUCUGGAAGUCCUCGAUCACAUAAUAUUGAUGAGCUAGAAAGACUUACAAUACAACCAAACAACAGCAAUAUACCCAAUGGCAUCAUGACCAGACACGACAACGACACGACCGACAAUACCACCACAACUACCAACACCGACAGCACAGAUAAUAAUUAUAAUGAUGGCAAUAGAGACGAUUGUGGCUCAUUCGAACUACUGACAUCACUGGAGAAUCAUGCCUACUACAAUGAAAAGACAACGAUGACACCAAAGUUCCUUUCCACCAUCAACAAGGAAUUCCAAAUGCUUCAACAAUCACUACCCAAAGGAAUCUAUGUCAAAGCAUUCAGUGAGAAGAUGAACCUCCUACAGGCAUUGUUCAUUGGUCCAUCAGAUACAGUAUAUGAGAAUGGAGUAUUCAUAUUUGAUAUCUAUCUACCUACUCAGUACCCAUAUAUUCCACCCAAGGUAUUCUAUCACAGCGUAACAUACAAACUCCAUCCGAAUCUCUAUGUCAAUGGCAAUGUUUGUCUGAGUCUGCUGGGAACAUGGCGCGGAAACAAGAACGAACUGUGGCAGCCUGGUCUAUCAAACCUGUUGCAGGUGUUGAUCAGCAUUCAAGGACUGAUCCUUGGUUGCAAAGAACCCUACUUCCUGGAGGCAGGAUACGAAUCACAGAUUGGAACCAACAUUGGCAAACGAAAUUCAUCACUCUACAACGAAGAGGUCUAUCUGUUAACACUGGAGGCACUUCUCUUUUAUCAUCAGAACAAGCCAUCUGUGUUUGCUGACAUUAUCGAUAGGCACAUUGCUGAGAAACGAUCAGAAAUAUUGUCAAGAAUAGAUCAAUUCUUUAUAAGUACCAGUACAAACAACAACAACAACACAAGCGAUAUCAAUAAUACCGACAACAACAAUAACAACAAUAACAACAACAACAACAACAACCAAUCAUUGUUCCACAUUACACUCCCACCCAGUACAGGAUUUGUACUUCCUUUGAACAAACUUAAGACAAAGAUCGAGAAGAUAAAUGUUCCUCCUGUUGGACAAUAA